AUGGCGCCCAGCCCUGCCAGCGGCCCGGGAGCUCCAGGCACCCUCGGGCAUCCCCGGCAGGCUGCUCCACUUGGCUCUCCUCCGCCCAGGCAGCAGCAAACGCCGGGGCCCCCGAGCGGCGGGGCGGCCCCUGCGCGGCGGGCCCGGGGCACACCGCGCCUCGGGCCGCCAUCUUGCCCUGCACCGCGGAGCUUCCCCGGCUGCCUGGCCCGGCUCCCCCUCUCCCGGCCCGGCUCCCUGGCCCGGCUCCCGUGCUCCCGCCAGGGUCCCGCGGGCUGCGGGGGCGGCGCGGCGGUCUCCGGGGGUUCCCGCACUUCAAAGCGAGGCCGUGGCUCCCACCCCGCACCCCCCUCCGGCUCCUCCGCCGGGGCGUCCAUCUUCCCGGGCUCUCCCGUGGUGCGGCUCUGCCGCCUCUCGCCCUGCUCGCUCCGAGCCGAGGACGAGCCAGGGGGGAAGCCCGCGGUGGUUGCGCGGGGCCCUCCUGCCAGAUGCCGGGCUCGGGGCCAGGGAGCGGCCGGGGGAGGCCCGGGGCUCCGGGACCGGCCCUCCGCCCCCGCGAAGCCAGCCCGGGAGGGGACGGGGAGUGAGCGAGAAGCUGGACCAGCCGCGGUGACCUUUGGGCAGCGGGGCCGGACACGGACAACCCGCAGACAGGCCCUGAUGAAGCCUCGUCCCUCGGCGGGGGAAGAGCCGGGCCCCCGGCCCAGAGUGACCCCCGGUGUCCCGGCCCGGGAGUCCGGGGAGCAGCGGUACGGCCCGGCCUACCGGCCCCGCCGCGGCAGCGCCCACGUGCAAGAGCCGCUCCCCGCCUUUGUUCACGGCCGCGCUGCCCCGAGUGCCCCUGUCCGCCUGCCCCGCACCGCCCCGGCCGCAGCCCGCUGCCCCUGCCCGCCGAACGGCAUGUCGGCAUGGCGAGGGGGGCUCCAGCGCAGCCCUGGGCCUCCCACGCCGACGUUUUCCCCUUAG